CACAACCCAAACAAUAAUAGGGUUGGUUCUGCCUUAUUUUAAUGAGUUGUUCCACAUAGAAAGUACCAGACAGCCAUCGAACGAAAACUGACCAGCCAGCGUCUUCGAUCGCCAUGUCCGAUCCCGUUGUUCCGCGGAUCGUGCUACUUUUCUCCGGUAAACGAAAGUGUGGCAAAGAUUUCCUCACGGAACGGCUCCUGCAGAGAUUGACCACCGACAAGGCUCAGAUCAUACGGAUCUCGGAACCGAUCAAACGCAGCUGGGCGGAAAAGCUCGGACUGGAUCUGAAAGAAUUGCUCGGUGAUGGACCGUACAAGGAACGCUACCGGAAGGAGAUGAUCGAGUGGAGCGAUCAGAAACGAGCGGAAGAUUAUGGGUUCUUUUGUCGGCAGGCAUGCCAAGGGCUUACGAAGGAGAUCUGUGUGGUCAGCGACAUCCGACGGAAGACGGAUGUGCGGUUUUUCCGGGAACAGUACGGCGCGAGGGUGAAAACUGUUCGGAUUGUAGCCAGUGAGGGGACUCGAGUGGAACGGGGCUGGACGUUCCAGAAUGGGGUGGACGACGUGCAAUCGGAGUGCGACCUGGACGACGUGACGGAGUGGGAUCUGCUGGUGCAGAAUGACAGUGGAGCGGACGUGGACGACAUUCUGGCGAGAAUUAUAGCGUUGGUACAGUGAACAUUAUCUUAUGUGUAUUUGUCAGGGAAUAAUUCUCUGAUUGUCUGCGCUGAUAUACCUCAUACAAUUCAGUAACCAAUUUUGAAAACGACGUAUAAUCAAUGGUGUAGCAUUGAUUAUACUUCGUUUUCAAAAUUUGUUACUGAAUUGUGGUUUACAAUCAAGUGUCAUAUUGAUAUUUGCUUGACAUUGUUAUUUGCAACGUUAACAUGUUGCAGUUAGCGAAUGUCCAUUGUAUGCCCACAAACCAAUCUCACGCUCAUGGAAUUUCGGUGGCGGCUUUCUUAUGACUAUAUCUACAUUAGAUUCUAAAAAGGCAGGAAUGUUAGAUUAGAUUAUCUAAAAUGUUUAUUUACGGCAAUGUCAUUAUUCUUAGUUUAUAAAUAAUCGGAGAAAUGAUUGUUGGUUGAUUCUA